AAACAAGAAGAGAAGCAAAAUUUGAAGAGCUCCACAAGUUUGCUGGCCCAAAUUAAAAUACCAAAAUUUCUGGAAUCAUAGUCCUAUCCCAAUUCUCAUAUUCUAUUUUCUAAUUUGUAAACCCUAGAUCUCUCAGUGACCCAAUCAGCCUCCGUUUCUCCAUCUAAUCGGAUCUUUUCUUUAAUCAAUUUCAACUGUGAUAGAGAGACAUGGACGAUAGUUGUGCGGUGUGCGCAGAUACCCUGGAAUGGGUGGCCUACGGUGCUUGUGGCCAUCGUGAGGUCUGCUCGACCUGCGUUGUUCGCUUGCGUUUUAUCUGCGGUGAUCGACGCUGCUGUAUUUGUAAGACCGAAUCUCCCGUCGUUUUUAUCACCAAGGCUUUAGGAGAUUAUACAAGGAUGAUCAGUGAUUUUGCUGUCUUGCCAUCUGAUCCAAGGGAGGGUCGAGUUGGGACUUACUCGUAUCAUGAAGACUCACAAGCCUUUUUUGAUGAUGUGGACCAUUAUAAGAUGAUAAAGGCAAUGUGUAGGCUUUCAUGUAGUGUAUGUGACAAGAUGGAGGAGGAGGCGCCAAAUGAUGGUUCUAAGCGUCGGGCAAGGUUUAGGAACAUAGAGCAGUUGAAGGGACAUUUAUUUCAUCGUCAUAAGUUGCUUAUGUGUAGUCUAUGUUUGGAAGGGCGGAAGGUUUUUAUUUGUGAACAAAAGCUAUACACUAGAGCUCAAUUGAAUCAGCAUAUAAGCACAGGUGAUUCUGAAGUUGAUGGUAGUGAAAGUGAGAGAGGCGGAUUCACGGGGCAUCCUAUGUGUGAAUUUUGCAGGUCCCCAUUUUAUGGAGAUAAUGAGUUGUACUCUCAUAUGUCUACUGAACAUUAUACUUGUCAUAUAUGCCAAAGACAGCAUCCUGGACAAUAUGAGUAUUACAAGAAUUAUGAUGACCUUGAGAUUCACUUCCGGCGGGAGCAUUUCCUAUGUGAGGAUGAGGCCUGUCUGGCCAAAAAAUUUGUUGUGUUUCAAUCUGAAGCAGAAAUGAAGCGGCACAAUACUAUGGAACAUGGAGGGCGUAUGUCUCGUGCUCAACGCAGUGCUGCUCUGCAGAUACCAACUAGUUUUCGAUAUCGGCGAAGUAGCGAACAAGAUCAUCGCCGUGGAAGGGGAAGGACAUUCCAACGUGAUCAAUAUGAUAAUCAACUAUCUAUAGCUAUUCAAGCGAGUCUGGAAACAUCUCACUCAGAAGGUGCAUCCCAUGAGCCAUCCUCAUCAUCAAGCACACAAUUAGUCUCUGAUCAUGGGGAUGCAAAUGAUAUUGAUCCAUUAGUUCAGCCUUUUGAAUUAUUAACUGCAACGGAUUCUGAAAUGCCUUCAAGAUAUCUCCAAGCCUUGGGGCAAGGGUCUAGGAGCACACCUUUGGAAGAAUCUUCCUUUCCUCCUCUCAUGAAUACCAGCAAUAGUCAACAGCCCAAACAAGAAUCAGAAGGUUUGACUAAUAACACAAUGGCAGCACAUCUCCGACGCCAAACGAGAAAUGCAACUAUUCUCAGUUCAGCUCAGCCAUGGCCAGCGCCAAGACGUGGAAAUGCUUCUGGUAGUUCAGUGCAGUAUAGGCCUAACAAUAGUCCUGCACCCUCAGUUUCACGGAAUCCUGGACCAGUCUUGUCUGCUUAUGCAAGUUCUAUUCAGUCCCAAGCUCAGGCUCGACCCGCAUUAAUUCAUGGACCUGCCAGUUCUCCUGGAAACUUGAGCAACGUCAUUAGGAUCACCCAUUCUGCAUCAGCUCCUAAUCUUUCUGGUACUGGAUCAUUGAAACCAUCUAUUUCAGAUUUCCCUCCUGUUUCUGCAACACAAAUUCGAAAGACAUCACCUAGUAACCAGGUUCUGCCAAAAGUGGAUGAUGUUCAUACUGCAAACAAAUCAUUGGUAGAGAAGAUACGGGCAGCUCUGGAAUAUGAUGAGGACAAAUAUGCUUUUUUUAAAGACGUAUCUGGACAGUAUCGUCAGGGCUCAAUUGACACUGAGAAAUACCUGCAUUAUGUACGGGAAUAUGGCUUGUCUCAUCUUGUGCUUGAGUUGGCUAGACUUUGUCCUGACGCCCAUAAGCAAAAAGAACUAGUUGACACUUACAAUGCUAGUUUGAGAAGCAAUGGUCUGCAAGAGAAUGGUUGGGGUCGUGGCGGUGACCAAUUGAAAGAUAGUACAAGCACGAGGAAAGGCAAAAAGAUAGAUGGUGAAGGUAGUAGUUUGAGGGACAGAUUGGCAGAUAACAUUCUAAGCACUGUUCGGACACUGCAGACAAAUUACAAGUCCCCAGAGGAAGAGGUUGAGGUGCUGUCUAAGGAUGGGUAUCGUGGUACGAAAGGAAAGGCACAUGUAAUGGUUGAUGAGAGACAAGUGGAGCUGAGAAGCCAAAAUGAUGCUACUUCUGCUGGGAAUGGAUCUAAUCAGAAUGGUAGAGAUGCAGGCAGUGGGAAUAGGCAACGAAAGAAAACAUCAAAGUUUCAUAGGGUGAGACUGGGUGAUGGCUCAAUGGCAGCACUGUUUGAUCUAAAAAACUCUGAACCUGAUCCUGAUCCUGAUCCCAAUCCAGUUGAUGACCCAUCAGAUGUUAACAAUAACCCUUCUGGAGGAUUACCUGUUCGUGGUGUAUGGCGUAAAGGGGGAGGCCAUAAACUCUUUCCAUAAUCUAUUAUUUUGGCAGAUGCUUUAUUAAGAAGUGAGGCAGUGUUAUAUGAACCUUCAGCCAAUGGAAAAUCUAGUGGUGGUUGCCCUGCUUGCAUAUAUGUGACAACUUCACGGCUUUUUAUUUUACUCAGGUGAUUAAUUUUGUGCUUUUUGUUGUGUAAUAGUUUUUGACAAUGAGCUCGCUUCAAAUGGAUUAGCCACUGGCUAUAAUGUUGAUCACUGGGCUAUAACAUUGAGCACAAGUGUUCAUAGACAUUGUAUACGAAAACAAGAAAAUGGUGAGUUCAGAAUGAGGACAUUGCAGAAAUAUUGUACUGCUGAUGCGCCUUUUUGUGAAGUUCAAUGAUAUAAAAUUAAUUGGGCAUGUAUAGGGCGAAGCUACAACAGAGAAAUCUGAAGCAGCAAUUGUUUUCCUAAAAGUCUUGUCUCUCUGAAGAGUUGUCCUAUAUUCUUUUUGUUUGUCCAAUAUAAACAGGUAACAUAAUAUUUAUAUUUGUGUUUGAUGUUU